AUGGCUACCGCGUUGCUGGACGAAGAAACUGCAAAGAAAGUCGCGCGACAGGUGGAGUUCUACUUCAGUGAUAGCAACCUUCCCAGAGACAAUUUUUUGAAGAAAACCGUCGCUGAAAGCGAAGAUGGCAUGGUUAGUUUGGCUCUCAUUUGUUCUUUUAAUCGGAUGCGAAAUCACCUUAAACUGGGAGAAGUUAAGCCGGCUGAGGUGACGGAAGAUACAGUCAAAGCUGUUGCUCAAGCUUUGAAAAAUUCGGCUUUGGUCAGAGUUUCAGAAGAUGGGAGCAAGGUUGGCAGGGCAACCGAACUUCAGAACCCAGAAGAGGUAAUCGAGCAGUUAGAGAUUAGGACCAUUGCUGCAUCGCCAUUUCAAUAUGAUGUGAAGCUUGAAGAUGUGGAGACAUUAUUUGGUCAAUAUGCCAAGGUUAACAGUAUUCGGUUGCCUCGCCAUGUUGGAGACAAAAGAUUCUUUUGUGGCACUGCCCUUGUUGAGUUCUCAUCAGAUGAAGAAAUGGAAAAGGUUUUGAAGCAAAGUCUUGUUUAUGCGGGGGCUGAGUUAGAAUUAACGCCAAAGAAGGACUUCGAUGUGCAGAGGGAGAAAGAAUUAGAAGAGCAUGAAAAAUUUCGUCCACCUGUAGGUGCAGAUCACCAGGAUAACACAAAUACAGCAGCAAACUACCCCAAAGGCUUACUUAUAGCGUUCAAGCUAAAGACUAUUUCUGAUGAAGUUCCUUCAGAACAAAAUAACCCUGAUCAACAAACCAGGGACGCUAAUGUCGUCUCAAAAACUGAUCAUCAAAAUCCAUCUGAAAUUUCUGCUGAGGAGAGUGAUAAAAAGAUAUCAGAAAAUGAUGGCAAUGAUAAAGAAAACAAUGGGGUGAGUGAAGGAAAAGAGACUGAAAAGAGGAAAGAAACUGAUGGAAAAAUUUCUGCCAUUGCUGACAAGGACAACAAGUUUGUUGUCUCAAGAGAGGAUUUGAAGGUUGUCUUUAAUAAGUUUGGUACUGUGAAGUACAUUGAUUUCAAGAUUGGAGAAGAGUCAGGAUACAUUCGAUUUGAAGAACCUGAAGGUGCUCAGAAAGCUCGUGCAGCUGCAGUUCUUUCUGAAAAGGAGGGCUUGGUUGUAAAGAAUUGUAUUGCCACUCUGGAUCCAGUCACUGGUGAGGCUGAGAGAGAAUACUGGAGCCUGCUUCGUGGUAAUCAAGAAAAACGCCGAGGAUCUAUGAAUAACCGAGGAAGGGGAGGAAGGCAUGGCCGAGGGGGUAAAUUCAACCGGAGCAGAGAGAAUGAAUCUGCAAUAGAUCGCCCAAAUAAAUUGCGUCAAGCGUCCAUGAUGUAG